AUGAGUGUUUUGAAUCAGGAAACCUUUAUGCAAAUGUUUGAAGCAACUGAAAAGGGCGAUAUUAACACAUUGAAAAUGAUGAUCACUCCUCCAAUCACGGUUGAUACGAUUUUAGAUGACAUUUACGUUUUGGAUGGCAGGUGCACACGAAAGCCCACACUAUUAAUCAUUGCAGCAUCAUUUUCUCAAACUCAGAUAUUAGAAUAUUUGCUUUCAAAGGGUGCAAAUCCAAAUAUUGCCGAUAAAAGAAAUCGUUACCCACUUCACUUUGCAGCAAUGAAGGGAGAUAUUGAUAUUGUUCGCGCCCUUAUUGGUGCCAAAGCUGAUGUUAAUAAGCAAGACUGGGAUGAUUACUCUCCAUUACACUAUUGUGCUCAAAAUGGCUUCAUUUCCGGAGCAAAAGCAUUGCUUGAUGAAGGUGCGCAGAUUAAUAUACAAACAAGGCUAAAAGAAAGUCCUUUAAUAAUCGCAAUACAAAAUGGACAAACAGAAAUGGUUGAUUUCCUAAUACAAUCGCAUGCUGAUGUUUCUCUUCCAGCGUUGCACAACCAAUAUCCUCUAUUUUUCGUUAGUGAUGGAGUAACAGCCGAAUUACUUAUAAAAGCAGGAGCAAACGUGAAUUCAACCGACGAAAAUAACCAGACUCCUCUUCAUCAUGCUGCCCAGGAUGGAUAUCUCGAUGUUGUCGAAAUUCUUCUUAAAUCUGGUGCAAAAGUAAACGCAACAGAUAACCAGAAGCAGACACCACUGCACAUCGCUGCAGGUAAUGGCCAAGUCGAUGUAUGCAAAGCCCUCCUUGAUGCAGGAGCUGAAGUCAAAGCGCUUGACAUCGGAAGAAGAUCCCCUGAAAUGUUGGCAAGAAGAAACGACCACAUUGCAGUGACUUCUUUAAUUGCUCAGUACCAAGAUGACGACCAGGAUGACGAUGUCCCAGUUAUUGGUUUCAAGGCUUUCACUGGUAUUAAACAUACAGCAACACCUCCUCCUGGUUCUGAAGCUGGAUUAACACCUGAUGACUUGAAAUUCGAUAUUCUCGAGUCUCUUUAA